CACCGCAAGACAAGUCGCGCAGCUUAUUCCAUCAGUGCCCGUCGGUGAUUCGUCCAGCGAAGCGGUGGUUUGAAAGUGAGCGCAUUUGCGUCGAAAAUUUGUACUUACCUUCAGUUCAGCUUUGUAAUUAGUGCUAUCGUUAGUUAGUGAGAUAAGCCACAGUAGGUCGGUAGCAAAGCACAGCCAUUAUGUCUUCCCGCAAAACGGCCGGACGUCGUGGAACGACCAAGAAGCGGGCCCAACGGGCCACUUCGAAUGUGUUUGCCAUGUUCGAUCAGGCUCAGAUUGCCGAGUUCAAGGAGGCAUUCAAUAUGAUCGACCAGAACCGGGACGGGUUCAUCGAGAAGGAAGACCUGCACGAUAUGCUGGCCUCGCUGGGGAAGAACCCAACCGAGGACUACCUGGAGGGCAUGAUGAACGAAGCACCGGGACCGAUCAAUUUCACCAUGUUUCUGACGCUGUUCGGCGAGCGGCUGCAGGGUACCGAUCCGGAGGAUGUGAUCAAAAAUGCGUUCGGCUGUUUCGACGAGGAAAAUACCGGGCUGAUCAAUGAGGAACGGUUGCGCGAACUGUUGACCACGAUGGGCGAUCGGUUCACCGACGAGGACGUGGACGAAAUGUUCCGCGAGGCACCGAUCAAGAAUACCAUGUUCGAUUACAUCGAGUUUACCAGAAUUCUGAAACACGGUGCCAAGGACAAGGACGAACAGUAAUUUAUGAAUCCGUUUAUUUUUUUUUUGUCUAUUUCCAAGUUUAGUUAGAACUCUGUUCUUCCUUCUUCCCGUUCACACCGAUUGUGCUUCUCAUCUUUCCAAAAACAAACAAAAAACCUAUCAACAGUAUUUUUCCGAUCUUUAUUCGUUCUUUCUUAAUUUUUGUACCGAAUUGCAAUCGAAAGCAUUUAUCAUACUUUCCUGGCGCUCGGCGAAUAAAAUUGUGAAUCCGUAACUAGCCCGAGGUGAUUCGCACAACCGAUUCGUUUUAUCGAGAGCAAAACAAACAACAACAAAAAAAAAACAUUUUUGAAUAUAUAUUUUUUAUUAAGUAA